AUUGUCGCCACUGUCUUGUAUAAAGCCACUGUAUUUAAGUCUACGUUUGGUGUUUUUUUCGAUAUUCGUCCGGUAGUUGGCGACACCGCCAUUUCUCAGUCUGGCCACCCUGGUUAGGAACCUUACUUUUGUCUGUCAUUUUGAAAUUGAAACGCGCUUGAAACUUGAAACCAUUCUGAAGUUGCACAUGUGAUAAACUGGUUAACUGAGAAACAGACACUGGCUUGCUUGAUGCGUGAAUAUAUGUAGAUUUAAUCAUGAAUGAACACAGUUCGAUUAGAGCAAUGGAUGGGGUUAAAAAUGCUUUUAACAGUUUCGCCGAUGUUAUUGAUAAGGACAUGAAAGGAGUUCAUAUUGGAUGCUAUUCCGUUGCUCUGAUUGGUUUGUCGAUGGCAAUUAGGAAAGUUCGUCCUUUCAGCAAAUUCAAAAGACCGGGCGACAUCCCGAACCAUUUUAUACAAGAAAGACGAGAACUCACCGGUCUCGUUAAGCGAAUCGACCCUAAUGGAGGUCUUCUUUUGGUGGAGCACAAACCUCUGCUGGAUAUUUCGUGGAUAUCAUCCGGACAGCUUCCGAUAAGAAUCUCAGGCGUGAAGGUAGCUGGACUAGGUCUGAAUUGGUUGCAGGCAAUUGUUGUCGGAAAUCAGAUUAAAUUUAUUCCGGUUGCAAAGGAUCCAAAUUUUCUUCAAUGUGAAGUUCUUCUGGUUCAGAAUACAAAAGAUAAAAAAGAAGACCUUCUAAAUGUCGGUGAAAGGCUAAUCAAAAUCGGAUUUGGCCAAACUGAGCCCGUACAGCCUCCAUUAUCCUUUGAUCCGAGAUUUCUAAUCUAUUAUAAACGACUUCAAAAGGCAGAAAGCAUUGCGCUACGGAACAAAUUAGGUUUAAAAUACUACAUUAAGCCUGCUAAAUCUGCUUUAAGUGUUUUGAUUGGCAACCUACGCGAACUGUCGGAAAGGUUUAGCCAAACAACCAGAAAACACAUUAAAAAUGUUCCCAACAUAUCAUCGACAUAACACAGGUUUUUUGUUGUAGCGAGUGAAUGCAUUUUGAUUGCUUUACAAUGUUUAGGCGUAUAUAAUAUUAUUAAAUUUUUCUUUUAUACAAAAAGCUAUUCAAUUGAUAAUGAUUUGAUAUAUUGGUUUGGAGAGUCGUAACAUUUUCAUUAUAUUAGAUAUGCUGAUUUAAAUUGUUCCUAUGUUGAAUAUACGUUUACAUGAAUUUGAACAUUGCAACGAGUGAACUUGGAAUACUUGCCUAGUUAGAUAUACCUACCCUUCAGUUUUUUAAUUUAGUAAAUUUUGUGUCCAUUUUUUUAUUAUAAUGCCAUUAUGUAGCCAUAACGCACUAGGAUAGAUGCGUAAAAGUUUAUGCUUCAGAAACUGUUACUGUGUAUUUACAUCAUGUUCCACGUUUUUAACAAUGUGAGAAAUAGAAUGUUUCUAUAAAUAAAGUUAUGCGUUGUUA